AUGACCGCUCUCACCACGUCGAAGCGGAAGUUCAACAAGAUCCUGGAGAACAUCAGCGCCAGCUCCUCCACAACCAGUCUAGCAGCUCUUCAGAAGAAGAAUGCUUCCGCCAUGUCCGUCGCCGCAACCCCGAACGAGCCUGCUUCGAAGCGCAACCGUACGUCCCUGAGCGGCGACUCCCUCACCUCCGUCGAUGGCGACCGGCCCGAAACCGCUGCGAGCGCAUCCUCUCAGUUCAACCCUUCGGCGAGCAGCCUGUCUUUGGCUCAACGCGCAAGGAGCAUCCGUUUGAUCAAGAAGGACAAAGAGAAGGAGAGCGCAGAGCCCAAGAAGGCACCCAACUACACACCAUGGAGUCACGAUCACUUCGUUGAGCGCAUGAAGACUUUCUCUGAUGUGAUGCGCUGGGGCCCCAAGCCGGAUAAGCUGAAUGAGGUCGAGUGGGCCAAGAGGGGCUGGGUUUGUGAAAACCUCAACACUGUUGCGUGCAAGGGUGGCUGCGAGAAGAGACUCGUCGUUAAGCUGGAGCCUAAGGAGAAAGACACGGAGAAGAAAGAUGCGGAAGGAGGCAGCCCGGAAGUCAGACUGGAAGAACUGCUGGCCGGAGACCUGGAUGAAGCUCUUGUCGACCGAUAUGCGAAGCUCAUUGUCGAAGGCCACGAUGAAGGCUGUCUGUGGCGUAAAGCCGGCUGCAAAGAGGACAUCUACCAUGUCCCUAUGGCCAACUAUGAGGAGCAUGUCAAGCCUGGCCUGAUCGAGCGUCACAAAUCCUUACUCAACAUCCGCUACAAAUUGCCCCCUCUCGCGAACCUCAAAUAUCCUGGAACGAAUCCCGAUAGGCUCGAGAAGGCGUUGCCAGAAGAGCUCACCCAGUCUCUCUCAUCCGAGAACUUUGAGACUACAGAGCCAGCUGACAGCACCAAUCAGACGGAUAUUGAGAGACGCAUUCAGCUCUUUGCUCUCUAUGGCUGGUACGGCGAAGAUCGUGGAAAGUACUCAAUCGUAUUCUGUCACGAGUGUCACCAGCGUAUUGGGCUCUGGAUGUACCUGGGUGAGGGUUUCAAGCUCGAUCUUGUGGAGUCCCAUCGCAUCCAUUGCCCGUGGCUCAAUCCCGACUCCCAGGGUGGCCGACCGAUCUGGGAACAGUUGCAAAAGCGCUUGCUCAACCGCAUUCGUGAGACGGCCAGUUCCAUGUACACCACUGAGUCCUCCGAACCGCAGGACUUGGCAGACAUCAGACCCCCUAGCUCUGCUGCCGAUUCUGAGCAAGCAGACAAGAAGAGGAUGAAUAGGCUGAAGAAGGCCAUGAAGUCUUUCGGUGGAAGAAUGAAGAAGUAA